CUCGCGCUCCCCUCCCUCGCUCCACGCUUUCGACCAAGCACCGGGAGAAGAGGGGGCGCGCGCGGCGCGCGGAGACGAGGGUCAGGAGGAGGAGGAGGCGACGCCGCCGUCGCCAGAGGGGAGCAAAUCCGGUCCUCCUCCUGCCUCCUCGCCUCAUCCCCCGCGCCCGCUUUCGGGCCCCCACGUCCCCCCUACGCCAGGGGCAUACAAGAUGGUGCUCUGGGUCUUUGGCUAUGGCUCCCUGAUCUGGAACCCCGGCUUCGACUUCGACGAGAAGAUCCUGGGGUUCGUCAAGGGCUACAAACGCACCUUCAAUCUCGCUUGCAUCGACCAUAGGGGCACGCCGGAGCAUCCUGCGAGGACCUGCACACUUGAGUCUGACGACGAUGCCAUAUGCUGGGGGAUUGCGUACUGUGUCAAAGGGGGCCUUAAAAAAGAGCAAGAAGCAAUGAAGUACUUGGAAAGAAGAGAGUGUGAGUAUGACCAGAAGAUCUCUGUGGAUUUCUACAAGGAAGGAGAUUCUUCGAACCCAGUUGUGAAAGGUGUACUAGUCUUUGUAGCCACACCUGAUCCAGUAGGCAACAAAUACUAUCUUGGCCCUGCGCCGUUAGAGGACAUGGCAAGGCAAAUCGCUACAGCCAAUGGCCCCACUGGGAACAAUAGGGAUUACCUGUUCUCAAUGGAGAAGGCUUUGUCCAACAUAUGCCAUGAGGAUGAUUCAAUCAUCGAACUUGCUGAUGAGGUCAGGAAGGUGCUGAGCCGGCCGAAGGAGAAGAUCACUGGCUCCGAUGUUCCACUAAAAUCUCAUGCUCUUGUACACCUGUCUGCGCUUCCUGAGGGCACAGUUGUGGACUCAAGGUAGCAGGCUCGGCGGUGAAACAUAUGGUUUGGUUUGAGCUCGGCGGUGGACUCAAGAUAGCAGGCUCGGCGGUGGACUCAUGAGAUUUCCUCUGACCAUACUCACCUUUGACGCUUGGUUGAAAGAAUUUAUGGUUUGCUUUGAGCUCGGGCACACUGGAUGUGCUAGUUUUUAUUCACAACUACUACGGCAAUGAUGUAACUUCCGUUAUGCUAAUGCUAAACCCGAGACUGGGUGCUGUUGUUUCCUUGACACACUAAUAAUAAAGGGAUUAUUCCAUGAGCUUUUCCACUC